AUGGCCGACCCUUUCGAGGUGCGCAUGCGCUUCACAAACCAGCUCCGCCAACUAAGUGCCUCCGUGACAUCCUCGCAAAAGGCAGCACAGUAUGCUCUCCGACACAAGGAUCUAGCUGAAGAUUUGCACUCUUGCAUUCUGGAGCAGCUUGAGAGGAGCAAUCUCAACAUGCGAGCCAACAUCAUGUACUUCAUCGAGCACUUUCUCGACAUGGCCUCCAAAGACGGACAAGAGGAUUACAUCCGCAUGAUGCAGCGGGACAUUAUUCGUGUGGUCGAUGCCGUGGCGCCGGAUGACGGGUCAGGGGCGGCUAACGUCAAGGUUGUCCGCAAGGUCCUCCAAGCCCUCCACGCCAAAUCCUUCCUCGACGCCACCAUCCUAACCGAUAUCUUUGAAGUCCUCCGCGAACGCGGCGAAUCCUACGUUUCCUCCCAAGGGGACCUCGUCCUCUCCCCUUCUGCCAACAACAACAACAACCUCUCAACAGCAGCGGGAUACGAUACCAACAUGCCCCCUUCGCAAACCGCCAUCCACUCUUCCUACCCUCCUCCUUUUCCUCCUUCCUCCACAGCAGCAGGUACCCUCCCCACCAGCACCAACGCCGCCGCCGCCGGCGGACCUUCCUCUAGCAACCAGCAUAGCAAUCUGAGUAAACGCGGCGGAGGCGUCAACACCGCCGCCCCUCGUCUCGACAAGAAACAAGUCGAACAACGUAUCGAGGAGGAUCGUGAGCGGCAUAAACGGCUGAGGGAGAACAUCUGGGCGGUGCCGAGCGGGGAGGAGAUGGAUAGAUUGCUGGAGGAGACGUCAGAGUUGGGGGAUGACGACAUGAGAGCGAUAUGGGAGGAGCAGGAGGAAUGGGAGAGGAGUUUGCAGGCGGGGAUUGGAGGGAGUGGUGGUGGUGGUGGUGGUGCGGGGUGUGGGCAUACUACUACCAGUAACGGUGGCGGGGGUGGGAAGAAUGGUGGUGCCGCCGCCGGUGCCAAUGGGGUAUCAGGGAAGGCGGAGGGAGGGAGGAAUGGAAAUAAAGAAGAGGAGGAGGUGAAGAAGGUCAAGAACGGGGGUGAGAGGGAUGCUAGUACGAAUGGGGAUAACAUGAAGGAAAAGCCAAUGUCGAUUGGAGGGGAGAUUGCCGAGAUGGCGAGGAGGAAGCAGUUGCAGCUGCUGGAAAAGGAGCAACAGGAGAGGCAAGAUAAAGAUGUGGAGAUGACUUCGGGUUAGGGAACCGAGAAGAGAACCGGGGAAUUCAAGACCAGUAGGAAUGACACGGGUGGAUUUGGAUACAAGAGACGCGCUGGUAGGAAUGCGAU